CUUAUCGGAACAAGAAGUCAAGUUAAACUUUGAAGAGGCUCAGAAGGAGCUGGAAAUGUCUGUUUUAAAAGCAAUGCAGCUUCUCGGACAGAAGAUGAGCCCCGAGGGACAAAUUUCAAAAUAUGAAGAAGCUUUUAGCAUCUUGGAUGCUGAAAUCCUUGGCAAGUUUUUGAAAGCAGCGAAACAAUGGAAAGAUGUUUUGCCUGCUCCUGAAAAGGCAGUGGUGGAAGAAAAGAGCAAAGAUGUUUGUGAGAGAUGGGAGGCAGUUCGUCGUGAGAUUGUAUCGUAUAUCCAAUUAAAAAUGGAAAUUGAAAGAGGGAAGCUGAAUAAGACUUUUUCAAAGCUCAAUAAGCAAUUAAACAAAGAGAAGAAAUUGCUCAGCACAGGGAACACCAAAGGACUUAUUGAGGAGCAUGAGGCCAUCUUUUCGGAGAAUGGCAGCCUGGGCGACCUUAAUACCAGCUUGCAAGUCCUGAAAAACCUGAGCGAGAAAAUGGCUGGGGAAGAAAUGCAUCCCGAAACAAAGGUGCCCGUGGCAGAAUAUGAAAGAAAGAAGGAAAAUCUUCAGAGGCGGGCCUCAGCUCUCCGUAGAACACUGGCAUCUCUGCCUGCGGAUGGUCAUUCGAAGAGAGAUGGUUCUUCACUUUCUUCAGCCAAUGGAGAGAAGGCAUCUUCUUUGAGUCCCUGUGACGGGCUUUCUGCUGGCAGGGACCCAGGAGAUGUUUCUGAAACAGGUUUGAAAACAGAAGUGAAGCGUCAAAAUGGUGGGCGCCAUGCUGAGAAGUUUGGACAAGAUGAAAAAUUGUCUGUAAAGAAGUUAAAAGAGAGCUAUGACACAGCAAGGAAUAGUUUGAAGCUCCAGCUACACAGCAUCAGAGAUUGCGUAGCCUCUGGUUUUACGGAUGAUGUGAAAGACAGCUCCUGUCUUCAGAACAAGUUGCAAGAGCUACAGGCUUUAGAGAGUAAUGGCGAUUCUUCAUGGAAGCAGUUUGAAGCAACGGCUUUAAAGCUUGAAGCUAAAACAGGAGAACCGGCAGUCACAGGAACAUCUCGGGAAGAACUGCUCCAAGAAUGGAACAAACUCCAGAUUGCAUUAAAUGAACGGAUGGAAUCUUUAAAGGCCGCUUGGGCCUUUGUGUUGCCGAUAGAAACCAAGUGGGCUCUCCUCUGCAGCUCUGAGAAACAGCUCUGCAAAAGGAACAUGCAGCAAUAUAUGUUAACUAACAGUGAUCUCACUGGCAAACAACUGAAGGAAAUGCAGGCUUCUAUCACCAAUUGCAUUGAACAGUGCAACCGGCUGGAACAAGGCAGCCCGGCAGGAGGGAGGCUUGACCCGAUCGAUCGGCAAGCCGCGUGCGUGAUAGUUGUAAAAUACAAAGAGCGAUUUGAGGAACUGGGCGAUAAGAUGGCAGCCAUCGAAAUAACCCUGCGAGAGCUCGAAACGUUCCUGGCUUCCCUGAAGCGUGUGAAGCAGCCUGCGGACAGUCCCGAAGAUGCCUUUGCACCUGACACUCUUGUUCCUCAAGAAAAGGCAGUCAAGGAAGGUGCCUUGUGGGAAGAGGCAAAAUCUCUAGAUGAGCAGCUGAUGCGAGUCAAUAUCUGCUUGGAAGAUGCCGAAUGCGGCAAAACGACGUGCAGUGGGAUGCUUGGCGUAGCUUUACAUACAAAGGAAAACCAUGCUGGUGGCUCUGUGGAAAAACAUGGGGCUCUCCCAAACUCCGAAGUGCAGGCUGAAUUUGUCACAAGGACUGGUGAUCUUUUUAAAAGCAUUCAAGACAUACAUGAUAAGAUCAGUAAAAUUGGCUUGAGGGACCCGACAAUUCCCGCUGUUCAGCAAAGGCUGAGAGCAUUAAAUGAACUAAAGCAAAAGCUGAAUCGCCAUGCUGUGGAAAUGAAUUCCUUAAAAGGAAUGGCCAGUCAGCUUUCACAAUCCACGGAGGCAGAUGAGGUCACUCGACAUUGGGGAGUUAUUGAAGGCUUGUGGAAAGAGACAAAGCUGGCCAUUGCCGAAAGGCAGGAACAGUGUGCUCAGGCGAUAGAGCUCUUGAAGCAAUAUCACAGCUGCAAAAACAGUUUGGCAAGCAUUACUCAGAAACAAGAGCGUACCCUGUCACAGCAAGCCUCUUACAUGGGAAAAGAGAACCUGCAAAGGAUCAUGGCCAAGGUCGAGAUGGCGAAGAAGGAAUUCAAUAGCCAUUCCGAAGACCUCGACAGGAUAAAUCAGAUCAGCAAAAACCUUCAGUUCCAGCUGAACAAAAUGAAGAGCUUUGAGGAGCCCCCCUUUGAGAACGAGGCUAAUGUUAUUGUGGACAGAUGGCUGGAUAUCAACGAAAGGACUGAGAAUUAUUGCGAUAAUCUGGGAAGAGCUCUGGCCCUGUGGGACAAGCUCCUUAAUUUAUCUGGCUCGAUUGAUCUGUGGACUAACUCAGAGCUGAAGAAUGUAGAAGACCGUCAUCUGACUGAAGAAGAGUUGGCAGAGUUGGAGGCUAGCCUACAGUACCAAGAAAAAAACUUAGAGGAAUUUGACAGAAAAGUAGAUGAAAUACAAGAUCUUCUCCAUGGCAGUGAGCCACUACUUGAACUACAGGUUAUCAGAUCCUCUCUUUCGAACAAAAUGGAGCUAAUAAGAAAGCACUUACCAAACAAGUCAAUACCUGCUGAACUCAAUGGCAAUACAGCUGAGCUAAAAGGGGACCUUGACCUAGCCAAGACGCAGAUUGGAAUGACUGAAUCGCUUCUGAAAGCUUUGUCUCCCUCUAACACUUUGGAGAUCUUUACUAAAUUGGAGGAGCUACAUCAGAAGAUUCUCCAACAAAAACACCAUGUGACAUUACUCCAAAAGAAGACAGGUGGUUUGAACCCGGACGUGGCUGAAUUAAACAAGCAGCUAAAAAGUGUCACUGACUUAUUUAAUUCAAAGAAGCAAAUUUUUCAGGAUCAUUUUUCCACCAUCUUGAAAUAUCUGUGUAAGGAUUUUAAUGACUGGUUCAGUGGUACCUGCCUGUCUCUGAAGGAAUGUUUUGAUCCUUCAGAAACAAAAGAGAGAUUAGAAGAGAAGAUUCAGCGGCUGAUGAACUUCCUCACUUUUGAAGGCAAAGGUGACGACAUCCAUGAGGUAAAAACUCUCCUGACCAAGGUGGAGAACUACUUGCCCAAAGCGAAUGUCAACCAGUUGAGCAACUGGGUGAGAGACCAAGAAGCAGAAUUACAAAGAGUGACUUCUGAAUGUCAGGCCCGGGAAAAAGAGCUCCGAGCAUCUUUGCAGCAAUUUUUCAGGCUUGAAGAAGUCUUCAGCAGUCUUGAGGAAUGGCAACGUCUUCAAGAAAGGAGAUGGCAAGGGUGCCAAACGCAGGAGCCAGAACUUGAACAUGUUUACCAAAUUCUGCUAAAACAGAGAGAGUCAUUUGAUUCUUUGGCUUGGCUGGCAAAUUCUUUGGGGCAGUCUGGAUUUUCGAGCGAUGAAAUGGUGCUAGAAUCCACAGAGCUGGUCGAGAGGUACAAGACGUUACUCAGCCAUGUACGUAAAAAUAUCGGAGCUUUUCAAGCGCUUUCUGCGGAAGAAAAGAACUUUGAGGAACUUGCCCAGAGCACGUUCUUAUGGGUGCAAAAAGUGAAAGAUUCAGUCUUUGGGCUGAGAUCUGAGGAAGCCAAGAUACCAUUGGAGGAAAGAUUAUGCCAGAUAAAGGAAAUUGUAUCGCUGAAAGACGAGGGUGACGCUAAACUACAAAAUGUCACCGCUCUCGGGGAACAUUUGAAGACCAGUGACAGGAGCAAGGCAUUGGCUGUUCAGCAAAUGGCUUCUGACAUCCGAAAUCAGUGGGAAGGUGCAAUUCAUCUGGCCACUGAAUAUCUGAGGCAUCAAGAGCAACUCAAGCGUCAAAUGGAACAAGACAGGCAAAGAGAGGAAGAUGUCACGGCAGCGCUGUGUGAACUGGGGCAGCAGACGCAGGAAUUAAGUCUCGAUCAUCAACCCUGCUCACCGGAGACACACACUCAAUUAAGAAAUUAUACUGAACUCCUGCAGGGAGCAGAAGGCUUAAGCAUCCUUUUGAAUGAAAUAGAAAUCCGGCGCAAUUCCCAGUUGGGGGCUGAUGACACAGAAGAGUCACGGAUGGUGUUAGAACAUCUCCAUGAAAGUCUCCUUAGCCAGCUGCAGAACAUGGCAAAAGUCUUGGAAGGCCAUGCUGAAGAACACCAACGCUGCGAAGAACUCACUGUGCGCCUGCGGGUGACGCUGAAGGAACUCUUAGAGCCUUCUGACAGGGAGCAAAAGCAGGUACAGCAAGAUCUUCUUUGCCAAAUGGAACAUACGUUACAGGAGAUUCUAGCUUUAGUAGAAUCUGUCAAGCAGAAGCCCUCCCCACUGGAACGGAAGUUUACUAAGGAUGGGAUGGGUACACCUCAACAUAAACACAAGAAACGUCUCAAAAUUAAACAUGAAUGUACAGAGCAAGAGGCCAGGAAUAUCCAUACUGAUGCGUUCGAACAAAACAGAUCUUCUGAUAAAAUGCAGACCCAAGAGAAGAUAGAUGAAAUGAGGCUCACAGACAAACUAGCUAUUUCUCAUAUUCCCAGUGCUACUAAAGAUAGCAGUCUGGAAGAAAACCUUGACGAACGGCAGGAAAGAUCGCUGAGGGUACAAUCCCAUGGACUGAAAAAUCAAACGGACAGAGAAUCUACCCAAGAUUUCCAGGCAUGGCUGACGAGUGAAGAGCCGUUGCUGGGCUGUGUGUCCACUGGCUCUGUAGAAGGUCCAGCUCUGUUACCUGAGGGGUUAAAAGGCAGCUUGAUGGAAAGCGACAAUUGCCAGCACUCAGCAAGUCGGAAGGGAAGGAGGACGAAGAAGUCCAGACAGGCUCAGGCUGAUAAUCAUCUUGCCGACAAGCCUCAACAGCGACAGCAGGACUAUCAAAAGCAAUUGCAAGCAACAGGCGGGAGGUCGGAAGUGCCGCAAACCACUUUGCCAUUAAUGAAUGGGAAAGUAAUGGGGGCUGACCUUGUUCCUUCUCCCGCUACCCGUCAGUCACCAGAAAGCAAGGAGUCAACGGUGGGAAGAUUUGCCCAGAAAGAUCUUGCUCUUCCUGAAGCCCAAGCAAUUGCAGAAUAUGCUGAGAUGGAACAAAAGGUCAAUGAAGUGAAAAUCCAGACUGCAGAGUUGGAUGUCGCAUUGGUGAAUGAUCAACUAGGAGAGAUAGAGCAUUUGUGCAACCAAGUGGAAAAAAAGAAGGCCGAAGUUUUGUUGUUAUGGCAAGGUGAAUCCUUGAACGCUGCACAGAUAAGCAAGCCCAACCUGCCAGACCCACACAGCCUAGUUUCUAGCUGGGACCGACUGCUCCAAGAUUUAAUGACUGCACAAGAAGCCAAACAGCAUCAAUUUCAUUUAGUUAAUAAUUACCAAGAAUGCCUCUCUGCUGUUCAGUCUUCCAGGAAACGUUUAGCAGCAGAAAAAGAUCACAUAAAAACACGGGGACCUAUGGAAAGCACGGCUCUCCUGGGGAACAUUCAGAAGUGCUUGGCUUCCAUACGGAAAGAGAGGGAUCUUUUAAAUGCAUUGAAAAACCAACAAGAAUGUUUAUCUAGGCAUCUUAAAGACAUGGACAGGGAGUUAACUGAAAGCCAGGUAGAGCAAGCCGAACAGUGGUGGGAUCGGACAGAGCACUCACUGCAGAGCAAGCAGCUUCGGGCCACGGCAGAGGCCAGUGAAUUCAGACUCCUCAUGAGUAAAGCACAGGAUCUCCGGACGUCUCUAGAAAAGCAGUACCGUUUGCAAACAGGAUCAAACAUUCCCGGUGAAGAAGCAAAUGUGCACCCAGCAUUGCAGGCUACGGAGCUUCAGAGCCUGAAACACGGCGUCGCUCUGUUAAAAAGAGAUGCCGAGACGCGGACGAAAAGGAUGUGGAGCGAUUCAGAAAAAGGAGCUCUGGAAAGUGCAAUGAACGAUUUGCAGAACCAAGUGGAGGAACUGGAGCAACUGACCCCUCGGGAGGAUGUCCGUCUCGCCGGGCAUAAUCCCCAGGCGUAUGAACUUACAAAGAGGAUAGAAGAGGCCAUUAUGUGGGUUCGAGUCAAAGCGCUCCAUCAUAAUGAGAAGGCGGCGCUUUUUUCGGAUGACGUCAUGUUCCAAAUCAAAAACUGUCAAGCUGCGAUUGAAGCGGCUAAGGACAAAGAACCAUCUCUUAUACGACUGGCGGAUGAGGCCCGUAGUGCUGCUUCGCAAUUGGAAUCUGGAGGAGCCUCCGCUCUCGACUCCCUUUCAUUGGAGUUACAGACCGGCUACCGAGACCUUGUCCUGAAAUUAACACAGAGGUUUCAACAGCUGGAAUGUCAGCUGGGAAAGAGACAAAAGCUUUUUGCAGACAUGGAAAGAGUUGAAGCCCAACUUGCCGAGGCUGAGCGAACUUCGGUCUCUGACCCCAGUGAAGCAACUGGGAUGUCUGACCUGGAGCGCUGGCGGGCUGUUUUGGAAGAGAUUCCUAAGGCGAUUCAGGAAAUGGAAGGCCUUAUAGAUGAACAUUUGAAAGACUUUCCUGAGGGGCUGAAUAUAUUUGAACGAUUAUUUUUAAAUGACUAUUUAAGAAGUCUUGGGAACCGGGCAAAGAGAGCCCACAGGUUGAUCCAGGGUCGAUGCCGUAUAGUGCAAGGAAAGAUCAAUGCCUGUAGAAAGCUUUCAGAAAAAAUACAGAGAUUGCAGAAGGAUCUCAGCAGUCCCCAAUGUAAUGAGUUUGAUUUAGAUCCAGGGGAACUGAUGAAUACAGAUCAAGAUGUCAAGGCUAAACUGAAUGGGUUUAAAGAGAGAGCUUUGGACCUUCAGUCAAGUUUGUCACAUUUGCACAGGUACAAGGAAGUAUGGGAAUGCCUGGGUCUGAAAUGGGAUGUAUCACCCCUUGAUGAACUGCAAAGCCAGCUCUGCAAAAUGAAGAGGGUUAAAGGCUUUGCAGAAGAAUGCGACAGGUGCCAAAGGCCACUCAAUGAAAUUGAAGCUAUCGUAUCUAAUAUACAGAAAGACUGCGAGGCCUUAAAAGAUGGCUCAGGCUGUGCCCCUGAAACUGGUCUGAUAUCAGCAAAGAUUCUGAGUCAGAGGGUCCAACAUGCCCGAGAUUUGACUCAGGAGGAACUCAGCCUAUUAGAUAAAAGCGAGUCCUUCGAUGCCUCUCUUAAAGAGGCCAGGAGGCAGCAAAUAAAGAACUUGGGAGUGAAAAUAGAUGGGUUGACAGAAGUUCUACAGAGUAAGAUAUUGGCUUUUGACGAAAAAUGUACACACCGUCAAGAUUUUCAGAACUGGCUGAAUCAUAAUUUACAGACCUGGAAACAAAUCAGGUCUGAACUCCAGAAGCCUAUCCAGGUUGACUUAGAAAUGCAUAUUAUUCUUAAUGAAAAGGUGUACUGCAAAGCCCUUGAAGAUGUCCUAGAAGCAGAAUUUUGUGUUGCCGAACAGCUAAUGAAUAAAGAGAAAGGAGAUGCAGAAGAAAAAUCUCUUGGUGGCUUUCAAACAAGAUUAGAUGAACUGCAAAACCUGAAAAUACAGCUGAAAGCAGACAUUGCCACACGUACAUGUGCCUUAGAAGAGGCCUACAAGACCGUUAAGUCUUACAACGAAGCUGUCCAGAAGGCUACAGAUCUCAUCCAUCAGUCUGAAUCCCUCCUCGCCUCUCCUUUGCUCAGCUUGAGCGAACUGGAAGAGUCUUGCCUGCUUCCUCACCGCACGCAAGAAGAAUUUGAGGCCGCAAAGGCUGAAGUGGAAACAUUGACUUCUGUCCUGGGAAACUUCAUUAAACCAGAACUCAAGCCACAGUUGGAAAAAACGCUUUGUGAUCUGGCGGCCGAGAGCUUGGUAGUAAAGGAGCGAAAUCUGAAGAGGAAAUCUGAUGUUCAGAGAUGCUUUGAAAAAUACCGCAGUUUUACAAGAUCCAAAGAGAAGAUACGUGCCGAUCUUCACGAUAUAGAAAAGAUGCUCGGGAAAUCUUUAUACCGUAUGCCUGGAUCUUACAAAGAAGCUCUGGAGCAGUCUGAACAAAGCAAGACGUUGGCCUCCCGCCUGGUUUCAACAGAAGAAGAUCUAAUGAAGUUGAGGCAGGACUUGGGCUCUCUGAGUGUGAUGUGCAAAGAGAACGACCGCCUGUGGACCGCCACCACUGUGUCAACUCUGUGGCUGAAAUGGCUGGGUUUGCUCAAGGCUGCCAAGGAAUGGGAGAGCAGAUGUGAAGAGCAGAACCAGGAGUGGAAAUCUGUCAGCAAAGAAAUUGAGCGAGAGACAAUCAUUCUGGACAAUCUUCAGGAAGAUUUACCUGAAAACCCCAAAGGAAAAGAGAGAGCCACCCAAGAGGAGCUGCAAGAGUUUCUGGAAUGCACAAACUGUUAUGAGGACAGCGUGAAUGCUGAAGAAUUGUUGCUUCGCUUAAUACGCCGUCGCGUAAGGAACGUUCUAAGCACCCCCCAGGGUCCCUCUGAGAAGGGAGAAGGUGUUUUGAGGGAAAUUCAGGUCAUGCAAGAUCGACUGAAAGAGCUCUGUCAAAAAGCUCAAAAGCAGAAGGAUUCUGUACUCUCUGAGAUUCAAGACCGGGUCAGGACCAGUGACGAAAUAGAUGCAGUGAAGAAUUCAUUGCAAGACACCGUGUCUUUGCUCCACGACAUGGACUUAGAGGCGCUUCCUGACAGGACAGCAAAACUUGAGGAGAUCCAGAGAGCAACUGACAGUCAGAAACAAACUUUUGAGCAGAUCAUGGACAAGUUACGGAUCAAGUAUUCUGAAAUGUACACAAUAGUUCCUGUCGAGAUUGAAAGACGUGUGGAAGACUGCAAGCAAAUUUUACAAGGCUUAGAAGAGAAGGUCAACGCUGAAGUCCUGAAAAAUUCCCCUCACUACACCACAGAUAAAAAAAUAGAAGACAUUAAUAAAGGCCUCCAAGCUGUUGAAAACAUGUUACAGCAGAAGAGCGCAGACAUAACGAAAGCAAAAGAAAUACAAAAGAGAAUCUGGGAUUUGCUGGACCUUUGGCAUUACAAAAUGAACGAGCUGGAUUCAGAAGUUCAAGACAUCGUAGAGCAAGACCCGUGCCAGGCCCAGGAGCUGAUGGAUCGCUUGAUGAUACCGCUGCAGCAGUACCAGCAGGUCUCACAGCGUGCUGAGCGCAGAACAGCUCAAAUAAACAGGGCUGCCAGCAAGAUGGAAGAAAGUGAUGAACUGCUGAAGAGCACCCGAGCCUGGCUUGAAAACACCAACCGGCUGCUGACAGAGGAGGCCAAGAGCGACUCUGCAAAAGCUUUGAAUAAACAUGCCAGUGCACUUCAAAUGGCAUUGGAAGAUUCGGAGCAAAAGCAAAACAUCCUUGGCACUAUGUACCCAGAACUGGAUGAGUUGUCCGCUUUGAUUGACACCGACAGUAUGGUGCAGCAGUUGAAUGAAGUGAAUGAGCAAGUUAAAGCCUUACAGCAAAAGAUAGUGGGAAUUCUCCCCCAUAUCCAGCACUUGGCUGAUGAGGUGGAAGCUAUUGAAACUGAAGUUAGGACAAUGGAGAAGGAUGUGGACAAAAUUAAGACUAUCUUGUCCCCUUCUGAAGACUCCCUAGAAUUUUCUCCCAAGGAGCAUCUUAAACAUGGCCAGGUUAUAUUGGCCCACAUUAGUCCUAUGCAGAAGGCUCUCUCUGAGAUACAGUCUUACCAAGAUGGUCUUCGGCUACCAGGCAUGAAGAUGCAACCUUUCUCUGUGUUCCAAAGGACAAAGCAGCUUUUGAAAGAUUUGAGGGCAUUAGAAAGAAUGACCAAGGAACAAAACGAACUGCUUGAGCCAAUUGUAAAGGAGAUGGAAGAAUGCGAGCAAGAGAUAGACUCUCUGAAGCUGUUGCUAAAGAGCCACUUGGAUGAAUUGUCUACAGAAAUCCCAUUAACUGCUCAGGCUGCCUCCUACCCAGAGGGUGAGGAGAUGGAAGAGAUAAAGCGACGGAUUGUCCUGCUGUGCCAAGAUAAGGAGCAUCUCUUGACGACCAUGAAGAAUUCCUUGCUGGAGCUUCACCAGCGGCAUGAACAAUCUGAACCGGAAGAGGAGAGUGUGGAAUCACGAGCGCUAGAGGAAAGCGGGCAGGUCAGCGGAGGAAGCACCGAUAGGCAGCUGGCAAAGCGAGGGUCACUGUCUCUUCUACCUUCCUUGGUCGAAGAAGCAGAAGAGAGCUCAUUCCACAGUGAAGGUGAAUCCUCCUCCACCACCACCCCAGUCACAAACAUUGCCGAGGGCUCAGUGACAACACUGGGAGGUUUCACGGAGACAGUGGACACCGGUAGGCCUGUCCCUGAACCGGCUCACGUCCUCCAUGUGUACCAGGCAAAAGUUGCCGAGCUGGAACGGUGGCUUGACAAAGCUAAGGAGUCCCUGGGAUCAGAAGGCCAGACCCGCCAAAUGCAGCAGGCGGUGGAGCAGCAUCUUGCUGCGUGCCAGGUAAUGCUAUCAGAGAUUGAGCAGAAGGUGGGGUCUCUGUUGGAGGACUGCAAAGACAGGCAAGCCAGUGACAGUCUGGGCCUCCAGCAAGAAGCAGAGAGCCUUUCCCUGAAACUUAAGGAUGUGAAAUCCAACUUGGAAAAAGUCCAGGGCAUGCUCCAGAACAAGUAUACGGAAGAACAGGAUCAGCUGUGCCCAGGUACUGGCUCCUUCUUACUGGGUGAAAAGGGUGAAGAUUUUGAUGACAAGGAGGCAGAGGUUCUGGAAUCACCCCAGGAGGCAGCAUUUGGGGCACCUCCAGGAGCCUCCUUUGAUGUCCAGCAGCCCCAAGAGACUCGGUCUGCUCUCUCACCCUGGGAAGUAGCCCUGCCUUUGGACUCGGACUCGGACCCCGAACCCUCCAUUCUAGAACCAACAGCAGUCCCCGAGGUCUCUCUUCAACUUGCCUCUCAAGGACUACAAGACCAAGAAGUGUUCCCUCAUCGGGGCAUUCACUGCUAUAACCAGCUCAUCGCUGAUGAUAAUACGUCAGAAACCCCCCCAAAACCUUUCCAUAUCAACUUCUCCAGCUCAUUUCCACGAACGACCUCUGACAGGCCUUUGUUCAGUAGGCCGAAUGGAUUACAACAGCAACAGGAGUUGCUGUUAAAGCUGUCAGAACAGAAGACUCUCAUUGACUUCAUUGAAUUGUAUGUGGAGAAGAUGCAGCCACUAUCUGGAGACAGCACGGUUCUGGAAUCCAGAUCUAGUCAUGAGGCACCCGUCUUGGGAAAUGGACCCCCUGGCCUCAUUCCAAAGGACCCAGUGGGUGACAAGUGGCAAUUCUUGGGAGAAGAGCUGCUAUUCAAGAUGAAGCUCCCUCACUGCCAAUUCACUGAACCUCACAUUGCUACCAAAAUAAAUAUCCUGCCCAAGGGUGCUGCCUCAAGUGUGAGAACUCCAACAGUCGAAGAGCUGAAAAUGUAUACUGCUCAGCUUGGGAAUCUAAGUCAAGAAGCAUCUGUUCAGAUACAGGAAAGCGCAAUGGGGGACGUUUCCUCGAGCUUAGAUCAGAAACUCUUUGAGCUGCUUCUGGCCAUCAGCCGCUGCCUGAACAACAUGGAGCAGAUGUUAAACACCUGUGUGCUAACCAGCGAAGAGGCCUCUGUGCAGCAGGAGCUUUAUGAGACCCUCUCAGUGGAGCUGCAGAAACUUCACACUGAUAUUGGGGAAAAGAAGGAUGAUCUUUUGAAGUCCGUUACCUCUUCGGGCGGCAGCCCUGAUCGGUUCUCUCAGUGCUUUAGCAACCUGCAGGCCUGGCUCCAGCUGACGCAAGAAGCCACUGCUUCUAGGGGCAAAUCUAUGAAAGCUGAGCUGGACCUUUACAGUAAUUUUCAGAACAAAAUCAGGCUAUUGUAUGAUGCCUUGAUUGAGAAAAAACCCGCCUUGCAACAGUCCUUCAGUGCAAUGAGCAGGCACAGCGUAUCCGAGCAGCUCCAGAAAAUCAACACCCAGGAGUUGGAAGAACUUCAAAACUUUGAGACUCAGACAGUGAAACUGAGAGAUCAUGCAGAGAGAUUUAAUUUGCCUGUUGCCCUCAUCCAUGACAUCUAUAAACUGGAGGAUGUGCUUGAUGACCUUUGGGGGAACCUAAGAGCUAAACAAAGGGAACUAACCUCUCCCUUCAUUAGUGAGCAACAGUAUGAAGCUUUGUUACAAGGACUAGCUGAGCUUGUGGAACUUGGGCAAGAGAAAGUCACUCAGGCGAUGAAGCUGAAAACUACGAGUCGACCAAGUCUGCAGUUUCAUCUGCAAGACCAUAAGAAAUUUUUCUGCAACCUCAACGCUCACAUGCUGCUUGUGGAAAUGUGUUCCAAAAGGCUGGCACCUUUUUUGUUGCAAAAGAGAGAGCAAUUCUGGAAGGAGCUGGCUGAGCAAAUCAGAUCCUUGGAGCAGCAAGCCGUGCAGCAUGGAACCCAUUUGGAGACGCUGUUGCAGGACUGGAUAGAAUUUGAUGAGACCCGUACCUCUUUCUGCCAAAACCUAGAGGCUCUGUCGUCCUCCGUGCCUUCUGUAAGUCUGGUGGAAGAAACAGAAGAAAGGUUAAUGGAAAGGUCUGCAGUCCUCCAGCAACUCCAAAGGAACAUUGAAGGACAACAGGGCAGGUAUCAUCAGAUAGUGAAAGAAGGGAAGAAAUUAAUGGAGCUUGUGAGCUGCCCUGAAUUGGAAAAUCAGGUUGUGAAGUUAGAAGACCAGUGGACAUCCCUUGCCAAAAAAGUGGGCCAUGAACAACAGAGACUUGAGACUUUGUUUAAACUCUUGUCCAACUACAACCGAGAUUCGAAAGAGCUGGAGAUGUGGUUGGAGUCUGCUCAGCAGAGGGUGAAUUUUUGGAAGGAGCAGUCUCUCAGUGCGUCCCAGGACCUGAACACUGUCAGCAACAAUAUACACAGCUUACUCGCAUUCUUAAAAGAGGUUGAUGAUAAAUCUUCCUUGAAAUCAUCAGUCGUCAGUACCGGCAAUCAGCUUUUGCUUAUUAAGGAAUCCGAUGCAGCCAUGUUCCGAUCAGUUUUGGCAGAAUUUGAGCAGAAGUGGGCAGACCUGAUUGCUCAACUUCCAAGCAUCCAAGAGAAGUUUCACCAGCUCCUGAUGGCCAAGCUGCCAUCUAAUGAGGCCAUCGCAGAAUUAGUUGCCUGGAUGAACCACAUAGACCAAGAAAGAAGCAACGAGGCCUCCGUAAAAUCACAGAGUACCAUAUGCCAAGUAAAAGACCUUCUCAAGAAGUACAAAGAACACCUGAUGGAAAUGAACUUUAAACAGUGGAUAGUUGAUUAUGUCAACCAGCCAUUACAACAGUUGACAACUUGCGAUGUCGAACACAAGCGCUAUCACAGGAUGGCAUUUGCAGAGCGUCUUGGGGAAAUGAAUCUGCAGUGGCACAGACUGCAAGGGUCUCUGAACAAAAAGAUAAAGGAACUGGAGCACAUUUUGGAGAUUGUUACUGAAAAUGAAAACAGAUGCCAUGCCUUGGGCAGCUGGCUGGAAGCACAAAGCAGAAGGUUAGAAUUUCUAGAGAAGCCGUUGAGUUUCAUCCUUGCAGAGGAAACAGCAAAUGAGUGCCAGGCACUAGAAAACCAGUUAGCAACUAAAUCUCAGGAUAUAGAUCAGCUAAAGCGGGCUGUUAGUGGCUGUGCCGAGCUUCCUCAGGAGGUCGUGUGGAGAAUCAGCGAAUUGGAUCAACAGAGGACCGAAGUUGGCAACCAGGUGGCUCUGCUGAAAGCGUCGACCCGGAUGGCUUUAGAGCAGUGGAGGCUUUAUGACCAACUCUGGGGUGAAGUCAAAUUUGUCCUUGCAAGAGCUUUCUAUGGCACAGAGCACAGCAAGCCUCCUGUGAUUACACUGGAGACCCUGAGAAGCCAGGUGCAAAACCUGCAGUCUCUUCAAGAUAAAGCAGAGGGCAGUGAAGAAAUCUGGGCUAGACUCCAAGCUGCUGGUGAUAAUCUGAAGAAGCUGUGUGAUCCGUCAUGUUCAGAUCUUAUUGACCAGAAAUACAAGGAGGCACACACAAGGUGGGUGCUGAUCGAUGAAGACCUAGGAGAUCAGCUGCAGAAAGCACAAGCUUCUUUACAUCUCUGGGAAUCGUACAGUGGCUUACACGCUGAGGUGUCAGCCAAGCUGAGCAAGCACGAAGAGGAGUGCGGUUCCCUGUGGGCGGCUCCCAUCCCUGCAAGCCAUGCGAUGGACUUCCUAAGGCAGAAGUCGCAGGACAUCAAAAAACUGCAGCUUGGCCUUCAGAACAUCAAAGGAAGUUUUCUCCAAACUUCUGAACUGGCAGAGAAAAUAGCUCAGGUGGCUGAGCCUGCCUCACCGUCCCUCCUUCCGGAGAAGUUCCAACCUUUUCAAAGGAUCUCCUAUUUGGAACAGAUGUUGCAGAUGAAAGUGAACGAGUUUCAGUUUAGUCUUUUGCAACUAGAAAAUUUUGAGAAUCGCUUAGAACAACUGGAAAAUCACGUUAAGGAAACCGUAGAAGUCUUGGACAAUUUGGAUCAUGGAGAGGAAGGCUCAGAGCUCUUCAUGAGCCAGAUGUUGGGUCUCAUUGCUUUGUCUCCUGAGAUGGAGAGUCUGAAUGAAGUGAGCUUCAAGUUACCACUUGGUGACUUCACGGCCAAGAGACUGCAGAACCUGAACUGGCAGUGGGCUCAGAAGACAGCAAUGGCUCAGGAGCAAUGCAGUGAACUGCAGGACACUCCGUCGGACGAAAAGUUUCUCCAGAGAUGUCAGAAAUGGGUUCAGUUCUUAGAAAGGAUGAAGGAGAGCUUGAAAGAGAAUGUGGCGGGAACUCUAGAAGAGCUACAGGAACAACAAAGAGAUUACGAGAUACUACAAGCCGAGAUUUCUAUCCAUCAGCAGAUUUUUAAUUCUAUUGUGUCAAAAGCUCUGCAUGUGCUGGAAUCGGGAGAAGCCGAAAACAGGACUGAAUUUAUCUCCAAGCUCACGCUGCUGAAGGAACAGUGGCAAAGCGCCGUUCGGAUGGCUCGGCAGAGAAAGAGCGAGAUCGAUGGCCUUGUAAAGCAGUGGCACAAAUUCAGGACCCUGCUGCAAGACCUCACAAAAUCCCUCAAGGAGACAAACAGCUUUGUGGCUGCCGUGAAGAGCCAGGACAAGCGCCGCUGGCACCAAGUCAGGGACUUGAGGCACGAUUUCAAGAAUAAGGAAGUCCUCCUUCAGAGGUGGCAACCCAGGUAUUCUUUAGCCUUGGAUAUUGGGGAAGAGCUGCUUGUUCUGGCAGAUCCUGAAGCGAAAGCUGUCAUACAGAAAGAGAGGAGUCAGCUGCAAGAGAGUUGGAGCCACACUCAGCUUCAAGUGGGGGAGAUGAUGAAACAACUUCAGGGCACCAUACAGGCGUGGGAGAGUUCUGAAAGACAAAUUGAAGAGUUGCACCGGAGGUUGCAAGAGUUCAAGGCAAGAAUAAAAGACCCUCUUCCAGCAGAGCAGAAUGAGUUGCAGACGGAGAAGGAGCACAUGAAGGAGCUGGAGAAGUCCCUGGCCAGCUGGAACCGAAGCCUGCAAGACCUUGGCACCGUGAAGGCCGACCUGGCUCACUGUCUCCUUGCGGAAGAUGUGAUGGUCCUCAGAGAGCAAGUCCAGAAUUUGCACAGGCAGUGGGAAGAGCUCUGCCUCCGCGUUUCUCUGCGCAAGCAAGAAAUAGAGGACCGACUCAAUGCCUGGACAGUGUUUAACGAAAAGAACAAGGAACUCUGUGCUUGGCUGGUACAAAUGGAAAGCAAAGUACUGCAGUCGGCAGACAUCAGUAUCGAGGAUAUGAUAGAUAAAUUGCAGAAGGACUGCAUGGAGGAAAUCAACCAGUUCAGCGAAAACAAACUAGUUCCUCUAAAGCAGAUGGGUGACCAGCUGAUAAAGGCCAGCAACAAGAGCCGGGUGGUGGAAAUUGAUGAGAAACUUAACAAAAUCAAUGAUCGCUGGCAGCAUCUCUUUGAUGUCAUUGGAGGACGGGUGAAGAAACUGAAGGAGACUUUUGCUUUCAUACAGCAGCUCGACAAAAACAUGAGCAAUCUUCGCUCCUGGCUGGCUCGCAUAGAGUCUGAGCUUUCCAAGCCUGUUGUAUAUGACAUCUGUGAUGAUCAAGAGAUACAGAAGAGACUUGCAGAGCAGCAGAAUCUCCAGCGGGACAUUGAGCAGCACAGCGCUGGGGUCGAAUCGGUGUUUAACAUCUGUGAGGUGUUGCUGCAUGAUUCCGAUGCCUGUGCUAACGAGACCGAGUGCGACUCUAUCCAGCAGACCACUAGGAGCUUGGACCGCCGGUGGAGGAACAUCUGUGCCAUGUCUAUGGAGAGGCGAAUGAAGAUUGAGGAGACCUGGAGAUUGUGGCAGAAGUUUUUAGAUGACUACUCUCGUUUUGAAGACUGGCUGAAGACUGCAGAAAGAACUGCAGCCUAUCCAAACUCUUCAGAAGUUGCCUACACAAAUGCCAAAGAGGAACUGAAGAAGUUUGAGGCAUUUCAGCGUCAAAUCCAUGAGCGGCUGACCCAGCUGGAGUUGAUCAACAAACAGUAUCGGCGGCUCGCUCGGGAGAAUCGCACCGAUUCAGCCAGCAAGCUCAAGCAGAUGGUCCACGAGGGGAACCAGCGAUGGGACAACCUUCAGAAACGUGUGGCAGCAAUUCUCAGGAGACUGAAGCACUUUACCAAUCAGUGGGAGGAGUUUGUCGGGACAAAGGACAGCAUCCUGGUGUGGCUGACAGAAAUGGACUUGCAACUGACCAAUGUAGAGCACUUCUCAGAGGGCAACUUUGAUGACAAAAUGCGGCAACUAAAUGGUUUCCAGCAGGAAAUAACACUGAACAUCAACAAAAUUGAUCAGCUUAUCGUGUUUGGUGAGCAUCUGAUUCAGAAGAGCGAGCCAUCAGAUGCUGUCGUGAUCGAAGAAGAACUGGAGGAGCUCCACAAAUACUGCCAAGAAGUCUUUGGCCGCGUCUCCCGAUUCCACCAAAAGUUGACGUCCUGGCACCCGGGACUGGAAGAUGAAAAAGAGACCUCUGAAAAUGAAGCCGAUGCAGAAGACUCCAGGGGCAUGCAGACUGAUCCAUGGCUCAAGAAAGCCGCACAGGAGGUGCCGCCCUCCCCGCAUUCUCUGUGCCACCUCAUGCCCCCUGCAGUGGGUCAUGAAAGGUCAGGCUGUGAGACGCCUGUCAGCGUGGACUCCAUCCCACUCGAGUGGGACCACACUGGAGACGUGGGAGGCUCUUCCUCUCCCGAGGAUGAGGAAGAGGAACCUUACUACAGCGCUCUCUCAGGAAAAUCUACAUCCGAACCUCAUACGUGGCACUCACCAGAUAGCCCUGCUUGCCGGAAGCAUCCAUACAACCAGGGAGAGAUGGUUAGAAAUGUCUUGUCGAACAUCCCCGAAACGAGCACACCCUACAAGCCAAGCUAUGUGAAACAACUCAGCGGCAGCAGCGUGGAGAGCAUGAAGGAGAUCUCUGGAACCGUGCCCAGCGAAGAGCCCCCAAACAGCCAGAGCCUCACUGGAGUUGCCGUUAUGGAGAAGCAAUCAGGCAUUGUUAGUGAGAGGUGGGAGCUCAUCCAAGCCCAGGAUUUAAGCAACAAGCUGAGAAUGAAACAGAAUCUGCAGCAGUGGCAGCAGCUGAACUCCGACCUCGCCAAUAUCAGCGCUUGGCUGGAUCAAACGGAAGAAGAGCUGGAAGAGCUGCAGGAGGCAGAUCCCGUCAGCAGCAUGCAGGCCAUAGAACAAAGAGUCAAGAAGCUGAAAGAGAUGCUUAAGGCUUUUGACAACUACAAGGCACUUGUGCUUUCCGUCAACCUGACAAGCAAGGACUUCAAGCAAGCAGACAGCACUGAGUCCAACGAACUUCAGAACCGGCUCCGGCGGGUCAACUUACGCUGGGAAAAGGCCAACCAUUUACUGGGGAUGUGGAGGAAGGGUUUGCAAGAAUCCCUGAUGCGUUGCCAGGAUUUUCAUGAGCUGAACCAGAAACUGCUUUUGUGGCUGGCCGGUGCUGAGACCCGACGGCAUCAAGCGCAGGUUAAGGAUUUAAAUGCAGAUCCCCACGUGAUACAGGAGAGUCAGAAAGAAUUAAUGCAACUUGAAAAAGAGCUCCUGGAACGGCAGCCUCAAGUCCACGCUCUGCAAGAAAUGUCCACCUACUUGCUUGCCAGAUCAGACGGAGGGAAAUAUAUCGAAGCUGACGAGAAAGUUCAUGUCAUCGGAAAGAAACUGAAGCAGCUUCUGGAAGGAGUUUCACGCGACCUGAAGACUGCGCGGAGCACCCAGGAUAUAAGUGCAUUUCUGCCAGAUGCGGAUGAACUGGACUCUGGAGACACUCGCCAGCAACUAGAGAUAGCUUCUGUAUCUAAAAACAAGAUUGGCAGAAGGAAGAUCUUGGGAAGCAGCGGCGAUACGAGACCGGAGGACAGGGGCACUGCCGCCCCCCCAGCUCCUGAAACCCCGUCCUUCUUCUACCGUGUGUUGCGAGCCGCGUUGCCCCUCCAGCUUCUCUUCCUGCUCCUGUUGCUUUUGGCCUCCCUGAUCCCAUCUUCGGAGGAAGACUACAGCUGCACUCAGGCCAACAAUUUUGCCCGGUCGUUCUAUCCCAUGCUGCGGUACACCAACGGACCCCCGCCAACCUAAAGCAGUCUGUGUUCUGUACUCUACACCCCAAAACAAAUUUCUUUCAUGGGGGCUUCCUUCCAUGCUGCUAACAUCAGUCUGACAUCUUUGCCCAGCUGAAGUUUCGCUCUGGUUUUAUGGAAAAUUCCCACCAGGGCUCACCCGACACUGUGGUGUACCAGUAGUAAUAUUUGUCACUGUUCACUCUUGUGUCAGCUGGUUGAUGAAGUACUGAGAACAUGUCAAAGUUCACAUCUCAAGAUGUUGAUCUUUCAGCAAUUUCAAGAGUUGGAGGUCGGAGGAGAAAGGUGAAUUCCUCACUUUUUUUUUUUUGUACAGAAAGUUUUUAUAUAUUUUUGAACUGUAAGCAACAUACUUUACACUAUUUGCACAAUGCGGAAGCGAUCAGUAGAUGGUCUUUGUGCCGAAAAAUCCACGGAACAUGGAAUUUGCAAGUCAGCGUCAAUCAAUCACAACACGAAGUACUAACCAGUAUACGAUCAUGGCCAAGACGGUGUCAUAUUAGCAUUAAAGUAAUUUCUUUCGCUAACGACAGAGGCCGCUGAUUGCGGUCUGUCAGCAAUUCUCCUGCGCAAGCCUCGUUGGAAUGAAUUAGCAGGGCUCUUGCGUGGUCUUGCGCAAGACCUGCUGGGUUCUGCUCGCCGUUUUUAAAGCGACAAAGAUGCCCGUCUUCUUGAUCGGUGCCCAGCAUGCACAAAGGUCACAAAUUUUAUUUCUGUAUUUUGAUAUUGUAGUAGAAAGAAAGGUUUAAUUUUUUAAAACAUUUGUUACACUUUAGUAUUUUAUCUGCUCUAUCUUUCCAGUUCAGUACGGUGUAUAUGUUUUGAGAGAAAAGAUUUUAGUACGUAGAGCUGCUUUGUCCGAUGUCUUAUUUUUUGUACUAUUUUUUUAAAUGAAGUAAAUAAAUAAAGAUUAAACAAGAAAACAAUGGGGAGGCUGCACGUGGUGGCUUAUAUUGUGAAUAGUUUUCAUUUUAAAAAAAUGCUGAAAAUUAUGUGUGUUGUUUAUCUCUCGUCUGUACAAAUGAACAAUGUAAACUUGUCACUUGGUUAAA